AUGUCGCACCCGUUAUCACCCUCUGCAUCCACGCAUUUGGGUGUCUCUAGGGUGCUAAAACGUCCGCGAGCUGCACGUGCGUGUGAUAGAUGUCGGCUCAAGAAAUACAGGUGCGACGAACUGUCCCCGUGCUCGCAAUGUAGAAAGGGACCAUUCGACUGCAUUUAUGUUGGUGGCUACCGUCCCCGAGAUGGGAAUCGGGGAGGUUUUCCAACUACCUCGGCCACACCAAUGAGUACGGAGACAUGCUAUCAAACAUCAGAACCCUCUUUGAACCAGCCAUUAUCCGGAACCCUACCCCGUGAGUCUGUCGCGAACGACAAAAUCGUGGCAUUAGACCUUGGAGGUGGGCAACUGGCGGCCACAGUGGACGAUACCAGCUCGGUGGACUUUGUGGAAGAGGGGAUCAGCGAGGUCAACCAACACACGAACAGCAUCGAGUACCAUGGGAACACUUCCUCCGCCGCAUUCCUCGGCCGCCUGCAGUCGAGGCAGCGAUCCGGUCACAGUAUCGAUGCUCCUGGGAGCCCAAAAUCAUCACUGAUCUCUACACUACACAAUCCGGCGUUCUCAUUGCAUGCCACCCCAACCCCGUCGGCCUUGAAAGACAGAAAUUUCUACCUGGACUACGCCCACACCUUCAUUCAAGGUUACUUCGAUAAUCUGCACUAUAUUCACCCCAUGGUGGAUAAAAGUGAAUUCAUGGCGCGCGCACACCUUCUCUGGUUCAGCAAGAGCCCGCAGCCCGGUCCAAGUUUCGUCGCACUCUAUCUCAGCCUCCUUUCACUGGGUGCUCUCAUACGCACAUGGGAUGAGGGCCGUCUUGGUGGGCUGUCUCGGUUUGAGUGGAGCCGACGCUUGUAUGGAGAAGCACAAGCGUAUCUGAAUAGGUUGCAGUUCUCAAAUGAUCUCGACACUGUCCAGGCGCUGUUCAUGAUGGUCCGCACUGUCUAA